GAUCUUUAGCAAUUUGUGUUUAGCCAUCGAGCAAGAUGAAGGUAGUUGUGCUAUUGUGUGCUGUGGCAGUCGCCGGGGCAUUGCCCAUGGCCAAGGAGGAUGGAGCCGCCGAGAGAUUCAUCUCCGCUCUAAAGGAUUGUCUGGAUACAGAUACUUCUUUGUGUCUCAAGGAAAAGGCAAUGAGAUUCACAGACAAACUGGCAGCCUCCUCAAGCCUAGAAGUCCUGGAUGGAGUCAGCUUCAAGAACACCGGUGGCAACACCAGAUCAGCUCGCAGCUACGAACCCCUGCCUGAGGAACCCAAAGCCAGGGAACUGAAGGUUGAAGAAAGGAUCAUGGAGAAUGUUGUGGACUUCCUCGACAGCCAUGUUCUUCAGCUCAGAAUGCCCAAAGCCUUGGAAGACGAUAACACCCUUGAUGAGGAAGGCCGUGGCAAGAAGAAGAAGAAGCUGAAGAAGCUCCUCCCCAUCCUGGCCCUCAUCAAGCUGAAGCUUGCUGCCCUCAUCCCUCUGUUCCUUGGUAUCAUCGCCUUCGCAGUCUUCAAAGCCUACCUCCUCGGUAAAAUCGCCUUCAUCGCCGCUGCCUUCGGCGCCCUCAAGAAACUCCUCGAAUCCAAGAAGAGCAGUGGCUGGUCAGAACCCGCUCAUGAGGAAAGCCAUGGUGGCUGGGAGUCCAGCGGCGGUUGGGGCAGGUCCCAAGAUGGCCAAGACUUGGCCUAUGGCGCCCAUGUCAAACAGGCGUGAAAUUAAAUUAUUUAUUUAAUUUAUUCUAGGUAAUAUUAACUUAUUAAUCUCUACGUAAUUCUUCUUCCUCUUCCUUGUAUAUAUUGACCACCGUUCUAUACACAUGCUAAGUUUUUUUUUCUGUAUAUAUCUUUUUGUUUAUUUUAAGUUUCAUCAAGACUGACGCUUUUAGUCUCUUCUUGUAUUGUAUAUAAGUAUUUUUAUUUAUUAUGUUUAAGUAUUCACUUUUCUUUUAAGUGAAGGUUGAUAGUACAUUUUUAUUUUAAGUUUUCAGUUCCAAAGAUAUUUUAUAUAUUUACUUUAAUAUUUUCUAUUUUUUGUUGAGUCAUAUGUUUUUGCUGUAUGUGUAUGGGUAUGUUUCGAGUCAUAUUUAUUGCAAACCAAUGUGUAUUUAAUGCGAAGAAUGUUAUCUGUUUGAUUGUUGCGAUGUUUUAAUUUAUUUUACGAUGGAUCCGAGUGAAAAAUAAUAAAGACAACCUUUAAAAAAUU